AUGGCAGUCUGUCUCCCCAAUACAAACCUAUCAGCAAACGACGCACGCAUCCUUAACGCGCUCUUCGACCCAGAAACCCUCCCCUCAUCUGUCGCCCAACAAAAAGACACUUCAUCGUCAAUAGACCCAUCACUACCCGCCCACCCCAGCAUACCCGGCCCACAAAUCACAUCGCUCGAGCGCCAACAAAGCGAAAUCAUAAGCCGCAUAUCCAGCACCUCAAGCAUCUCCGAGAUAGAUGCUGCGAUCGCGGAAUUAAAUGGGGUGAUAGAACAGUACCCGGAGUAUGCGGGAGCGUGGGUAAACCGCGCUAUGGUGCGGCGGAUGAAGAUGGAAAUUGCGUUGGAGGAGGGAAAGAACAUCUUCACAACAGCGACCGAGACAUCAGAACCAGAUAUCGAAACAGUAUUCUCGGAUCUUGCGCAAGCGAUUCAACUUUCCCUGCCACCGCCAUCAGCCUCGUCUGCUUCACAGCCCGUCUCCGCCCACGCCGCAAAGGUCCUACGAACAGCUUGUUCACACCGCGCGUACCUCUACCUCAAGACAGUGGAGUUAGAGACGCGGCUUCAUGGUUUGACGAGAUCGGAAUUGGAAGAAUCAGCAAGUAAAGAUUUCGCCGUUGCGGCGCGGUAUGGAGAUGAGGUGGCGAGGGAGAUGAGCGUCAGGACGAAUCCGUACAAGAAGAUGUGUGGAGUGAUUGUUAGGGAUGCAUUGAGGGAAGAGAUGGGGAUGAGCUAG